UCCUGCACUGGCAGUGUUGUGCUGCUGUUGGCUUGUAAACAUGGCUACCGCUGCUGCAGCUGGAGACGACCUGAGGAGAGAGCUCACGUGUGCUAUUUGUUUGGACUUUUUCAAAGACCCCGUUAUACUGAAAUGCGGGCAUAAUUUCUGUCGGUUUUGCAUCUGCAUGCACUGGGAUGAAAAUGGCGGAGACUACGGGUAUCAGUGCCCUCAAUGCCGGACGGUGUUCAACAAGAGGAGCUUCACUAAAAACUACCUCGUGCAGAACCUGGUGGACAAACUCGACGACCUGGAGUGUCUGGGGUCUUGUCCUGCACCCUCCAAGCCCGUUAAAGUAGAUCAGAAGUGUGACCAACAUGGAGAGGAGCUGAAAUUGUACUGCCAGACUGAUAAAAGACCCAUCUGUGUGGUCUGCAGGGAGUCCAGAGCACACAGACACCAUGAGGUAGCGCCUGUGCCAGAGGUUGUGAAUGACAUGAAGAUGGAGUUGAAACUGAGGCUAAUGGAGCUCAACUGGCAGAAGUCUCAAUGUGUGAAAGUUUUAACAGCUGAUGAGCGUACCAGAAAUGAAGCGAGGUUGAAGAAGAAGAGGCUCAAGGAGAAGAUUGAGGCCGAUGUUGGCGCCUUGGUCCAAUUCUUGCUCGACGAGAGAGACUCCCUGCUCGAGAGCCUGGAUGCUGAGGAAGUUGCCACCAUGGCCGUCGUAGACGAGAACUUGAAGAUUGUCGAGACGGAGAUGGCGGCCGUGGAUAAAGCUAUAGCUGAUAUCCACGGCCACGUCGGUGGGAAAACUAGCUUUGAGAGCCUUGCUGAGACAUUCAAUGAAGUCAUCCAUAGCAAGCCUUUUCCAUCUCUCGACACGGUUAAUUGUCAGACCGAAUUCACAGACUUCUCAGGCCCCUUCCAGCUCAUUAUGUGGAAGAAGAUGAUGCAUGUGUUGCAUACCAUGCCUCAGAACCUCACUUUAGAUCCAGACACGGCCCACCCAAACCUGAUCAUCUCAGACUUCGACACCAAAGUGGAGGAGGGCGGUAUUCGUCACCAGGAGCCAGACCUGCCGGCCCGCUUCACCCGCUUCUGUGGUGUCCUCGCCACGGCCCAGUACGCCAGCGGCCAGCACUACUGGGAGGUAGAUGUGAAGGACAAAGGUGUUUGGUACCUCGGAGUCACCACCGAGAGUAGCAACAGAAAGGGCUUCGUCAGCCUCUCCCCCUCCUCAGGAUACUGGAGCCUGUGUCUGCAGGACCGGCUGUAUGCCAACGGAGAGGACAGGCGCAUCCCCGUAGCCGACUACUGGAACUCCCCUCGGGUCGGCGUGUACCUGGACUACGACAACGGGCGCCUUAGUUUCUAUGACGCCGUCACAAUGAAGCGAUUGUACAUGUUUGACACCUGCUUUGACGAACCGGUCUAUCCUUUCUUCAGCCCGGGGAAGUAUGAUCCAGGCAGCAGGAUGCAGAUAUGCCAUUAUUACUGAUGGGGUCUUUAAAUCUAACGGCAAACUCGUGUAGGCCAGUGUUUCCAGAUUUGCUGUUAGCAAUGUUUUGUCUUACAGAUGAGGCUGGUGUAACACAGUGAUGUUGAAUGUACUUUAUGCAUUUGAGCUGUUACUUGUUGUUCUCACUGGUGAUGGAAAAUGAGUUAAAAUUAAUACGUGUUACCAGGUGUCUCAUCUCAUUUUGGGAAGCUUAAAUUUUCUCAUUUCGAGGUUGGAAAUGUUCGAUCUUUCAACCUAGACACGCACUGUAGGCCUAAACCCCCGACUACUGUGGCUGGGAGUGUGUUUAUAUCACUGUCUGCUGGGAUGCAGAUGCUCUGGUUGAUUAGAGCGGCACUUAUCCUGUUAGCCAUCACUAUGCCGUAUACUAUAUUAUACAUUAAAUCAUAUUGGCUCAUUUAUUUUUGCCAGGUAGGGUCAGUGCUAUGUCCUUGUUGGGUAGAACUUGAAAGAAAUAUAACAACGUUCUCACAUUGAUGGUUGUUGACGGUUAAGAUUCCCUCAGUAAUGUUAGACUGAAGAACAGUGUUCAGUGAAUCAGUUGAAAUUGGCUCGUACUGAGGUUUCAGCGGCCAGACAGUGAUUAGACUUCCAGGAAGGCAAAGCUCGGGUUCGUUGUUUUGUGGAUGUUAACGUCCGUACAGAUCAUUUUAUCAUUAGCCUUUUUUAAAUCGCCUCCUUUUAUUCUUUCUUUCUUCAUUUUAUUAUUAUGUACAUUUAACAUUGCUGGACUUGAGAAUUCCUCUUAAUAUUGCUUCGAGAACCAUUUUGCUACUUUGUUUUAGCAGUAAUACUGAAUCAUGAAGUCCUGCCAUUUUGCUUUUUAGAAGUAUUUUUAAAAAAAAAAUCGGUCUGCUUAAAUAUGAGCAGGACGAAGCAAACCAUUUUCAAAUAUUUAAAUUAUUAAGAUUUACAGCCAUGUCUUCAAAUAUGUUACUUAACGGGUGAAAAUGUAACUGUUGUACUUUAAUAAGCGUUCCAUCAACAGCCAUGAGACCAAAAUGUAAACCUGUGGAACGCUGAAUGUUUUAUUACAUGUUCACGCUUUUUAUUUCCUUUUACAAAUGACCUGCUGCAUUUUCUUCACUAUUUCUUUAAGUAAUCCUGCUUUAGAUUAUUAAUUGCUAGAGUUGGUCCUAGUGCUGCAUAUUGGUCUCGACGUUUUAAGGUCUAUUAUCCAAUUUGGUCCCGUGUGAUUUCUCUUUUUCAUUAUUGAUGAUUAAUGUGAAAAUACAUGCAUCUGUGCUAAACAUGGUUUUAUUGUUGGGGUUAUUUUUGCUUGUGCGGUUAAGGACCUACAUGUGAUGUUUGCCAUCUCACAUGGUUCCACGGUGCCAUUUUAUUAUUAUACACAUGAUCUUAUAAAGGAGCAUAGUCGAAACAUUUAACAGCAUGAUUCGUGAUAAUAAUUGCGAACUACGGUGUUGGUGUGGUAGGACUGCAGAACUCUGUGCUCUUGAUUAUUUGCUAAUGUUUUGUUUUUGAUGGUAUACCUAUAAAUACAAUUCAUUCAUGUAUUCAUCUGAGCUGUGUCUUUGAGUGUGACAUAAAGGAAAUCUUGGGA